UAAAUACAUUCCAUCUGUGUGGAAUGUGGUAAUGCAUUAAGCUCUCUACAGACUGACAUGUCUUAAUACUUUUUUGCGCUCGUACAGAAGAUUCACACAACUCCCGACGGUGCGUAAUUACGCAAAUCUUCAAGUUUGGUUUUCAAACUCUUGCUUGAAGGCACCGAACUUUUACACCGGUCUGUGAACUGGGACACUCUAUUUUAUGUAUUUCUACUUAUUUUUGAUCUGCACCUGCUACAACCAGUGGUGAUGGAGAAGCAGGAGGUGGUGUCGCAAAACGCAGACCCGGCGGAUGGCGCACAGGGAGGAGUGCCGCUGUUAGACCGCACAGGUGCUUGUUGUCAUGGAGGAGCAAAGAUGGCGGUCCUGGCCUAUAGCCUGGGCAAACGAGAGAUAAACCAUCAUUUCACCAUCAAAAACGCCAAACUGAUAUCGCUGGUACUCGUCAUUUUACUCCUGGUGUUUCACACAGCUUCGCGGUACUAUGGCGGCGGAGACUCAUGUGAACGGCUGCUGUCCAGAGGACGUUACUUGGGGGAGAACAUAUGGCAGCCGUACGGCUGCAUGAUGCACAAAUACAAAAGCAUUGAAGCCAAAACCUGCCUUGCUGAAAAGCGAGUGGCCUUUGUCGGUGAUUCACGAAUCAGGCAGCUCUUUUACUCCUUCAUCAAAAUUAUCGACCCUGAGCAAAGAGAAGAUGGAAACAAGCACGAGGACAUUUCCUUUGAAGCGGCGAGUUCCUCUGUCAAUGUGGACUUUCUGUGGUAUCCAGAGGCAAAUAAUUCAAUGAAGGAGCGCUUGAUAUCAUGGACAAACGAAGGUUCAGGAAAGCCAGAUGUUGUCAUCCUUGGUGCUGCAACAUGGUCCAUCAAGUUGCACAGUGGCAGCAGCGAGACGCUGCAGCAGUACAAAGUCAACCUGACAGCCAUUGCUGCUCACCUGGAGAAGCUGGCUGACCAUGCAGAGGUCUAUUGGGCCCUGCAAGACCCAGUUAAUGAGGCGGUGUUGAGUGAGAACAGGAAGAUGAUCACCAAUCAACAGCUGGAGCUGUACAACGAGGCGGCGGUGGACGUGCUCAACGGCAGCAAGCGCAACGGCAGGUCCCGGGUCAAGCUGUUGGCCGCGUCCCGCCAGGCUGCACUGGAAACGAUCGGCCAGUCGGACGACGGCUUGCACCUGCCCGAGAGCACCAGGAAUGUGGGAGCCAUGGUCCUCAUGAACUCUCUGUGCAACAAGCUACUGAGGCCCAUCGAUGGCUCCUGCUGCCAGACGUUGCCACCCCCGAACCUCCUGCAGAAGCUGUCGUUAUGUUUCUUCCUGGGCUCGGGCGUGGUCUUCCUGGUCUUGCACGUCCUCGGCAAGAACCGCCACCGCCGACCCGUGCCUCCAGACGUAGAGAGCCUGGAGGAGAAGAAGCCGGCGACCGCCGCUGCCCCUCUGGGUCCAAAGGCGCCGUUCCAGGCCCUCUGCAGGAUGGGCGUCAUCAUGAGCUAUUUCUACCUUUGUGACAGAGCGGACGUGUUCAUGAAGGAGCAGAAGUUCUACACUCACUCCACGUUCUUCAUCCCUCUUAUCUAUAUGUUUGUCCUGGGAGUGUUCUACAAUGAGAACACCAAGGAGACCAAAUUACUCAACCGUGAGCAAACAGACGAGUGGAAAGGCUGGAUGCAGUUGGUCAUCCUCAUCUAUCACAUAUCUGGAGCCAGCGCUUUCAUUCCAGUGUACAUGCACGUGCGGGUGCUGGUGGCAGCGUACCUCUUUCAGACCGGCUAUGGACACUUUUCCUUUUUCUGGCUUAAAGGAGACUUUGGACUGUAUAGAGUGUGCCAGGUACUUUUCCGUCUAAACUUCCUGGUGUUGGUGCUGUGUGUAGUAAUGGACAGACCCUACCAGUUCUAUUACUUUGUCCCGUUGGUCACCUUCUGGUUUGUCGUCAUCUAUGCCAUACUGGCCAUGUGGCCUCAGAUCCUUCAGAAGAAGGCCAACGGUAGUGGCUUGUGGCACAUUGGGGUCUUGGUGAAGUUACUGGGCCUCCUGCUGUUCAUCUGUAUUUUUGCCUUUUCACAGGGUUUGUUUGAGCGGAUCUUCUCUGUUUGGCCCAUCUCUGCGCUCUUUGAGCUGAACGGAAGCAUCCACGAGUGGUGGUUCAGAUGGAAGCUGGACCGAUUUGCGGUGAUACACGGCAUGUUAUUUGCCUUCCUCUAUCUGGUGCUUCAGAAGUGCCAGGUGCUGACGGAGGGCAAAGGAGAGGUGCUCCUCUCUGCCAAGAUUUCCAACCUGCUCCUCUUCCUCUCCGUCGUCUCCUUCAUAACCUACUCGAUAUGGGCCAGCAGCUGCAAAACCAAAACCGAGUGCAACGAGAUGCAUCCUUACAUCUCUGUGGUCCAGAUUCUGGCCUUCAUUCUCAUCAGGAACAUUCCCGGCUACGCCCGCUCUGUAUAUAGCUCAUUCUUUGCAUGGUUUGGAAAGAUCUCCUUGGAGCUGUUCAUAUGCCAGUACCACAUCUGGCUGGCAGCAGACACCAAGGGUAUUUUGGUCCUGAUCCCAGGAAACCCUUCACUCAACAUCAUGGUCAGCACCUUCAUCUUUGUUUGUGUGGCUCAUGAGAUUUCUCUCAUCACCAAUGAUCUGGCCCAGGUGGUCAUCCCCAAAGACAACAUGGCCCUGCUGAAAAGACUGGGGGCCGUUGGGCUCCUCAGUCUCGUUGUAUUACUGCUGGCCAAGGGCAGCCAGCCCACACCCGGUGCCUGAUGGACACCUCUCGAUGGGGGUGGGGGUGGGGGCGGGGGUGGGGGGUUGGGGGCACAACGGACUCGCAAAGCCCCCUUGCUGAGGUUAGGUCCGGAUCCAAGCCAGAAGCGGGCCCGGUGGUUUAGCCUACUGGUGGCCACAGGAGACGGCCUCGACUGUGUUUAGUGACAACACGGGGACCCGUGGGAGGACCGUGUCUCUCUGCUGGCCCCACGUCAGAGCAGAGUCUGUACUAUUUGACUGCUGUGAAAGUUGCACACUGAAUAAAAGAAAAAUGCUAAAAAAAGCGGAUUGCUCCUUUCAGGGCAAAAUUGCAAGAGAGAAAACAAAACGCCGAAAACGUUUACAUUAUCUGGAUUCAGCAGAAGAGCAGAGAGUUUUCUGUAAAACAAAACAAGAGGUUUUCAUUUUUAACCUCGUGCUUGCUGUGUGAAUAUUUGCCACGUUGCUUCUAUUUAGCCAAACAAUAAGUUAAUUGUCACAUACAGAACUUCCUGUCAUAACCUCACUCUGGAAGGGAUCAGUAGGCGCACACUCCGUCCACAUGGCAGUAGAAGAUGAAGGUGUUUUCACUCAGGAUCCAUAAUCUACAUAUUCAGAUAUCUUUAAAAACAAAAUCAACUGUGCUGCAUUUUACUAUCAAAAUGUCUUUUGUACAGUAUUUCUGGUGACUUUAAAAUGGUGUCGGUAUCUAAAUAUGCAAAAUAUGGACCAACAACUGGCUUGGGUGAUCUCAAAUCUGUUGAGACUAAAGUGAAUAUUUGGAGUGCAAUUGUUGAAAAGUUGGAUUGUCCUUCGAUCAUAUUUUUGUGAGUGAUUUUUAGAAAUGUUUGCCUUGUGCUGAAAGGUACCGUGGUCACCUGCUGUAGCUCUGAAAUGCUAUGUGAUAUGUACAGUAUUUAAUGAUUUAAAUUAAGCUUAUAUUUUAUACAAGGUUGUUGUUUUUUUGGGGGGGGUGGGGGCUUUGUUUAAUUUUGUACUGUGCGCUCAUGACUGCUGUUUGUGAAGGAAGUAUUACAUGGAUCACUUCGUACCCAUCCCAGCAGCUCACAGAUGAUCACUUGCCUCAGCGACGCGUAGCGAAGGUUGAGCCUUUACAGUCUGACACUCGUCUGUCCUAUUCGCUCACUUUGUAGUCCGUGUAUAUUUGUAUGACAGAGCGAGAGAUUUUAUUUUAUACGGCAAUGCUUCAGCAGUGUUUUUAGUCCUCCUUUCAUAGUCGAUUUAAAAACAUGCCUCACUAGCUACUGCUGGAGCUUGCACAUAUUAUUGUACAAUAGGAAUAACCGCUAAAUAUGCACCCUGCCUCUGCUGUCACACGUUCUCUUAGACUGAAUGAGUUCGAACGUGCAUCUUCUCUCUGUGGCUUCCACACACACAACAUCUGUGAUGUAGCCUGUAGGCACUUUGCACCAGGGCUACGUCCACUUUUACAACAACUACUAAGUGAUGCGCUGAGAGGACGUAUAAGUGUCACUUAAAGGAACAUAUAGUUUAUUUUGUCAGCUGAGGAAUAGGGGAUGUCUCUUUGCAUAUAUAUAUAUAUAUAUAUAUAUAUAUAUAUAUCCUUAGACAUUUUAAGAGAUAUUAGCACUUUCAUUUUAAGACCUGCAUUUUCUUUUCAUCUUUGCAGUAAAAUACGAUGUUUAACAAGAUUCCACCGGUACAGAUACUUUCUGUACUUUAGCACAUUUAUAUUAGGUGAAAGUUUUGUCACGGUCACUUGGCAAAUGUAUAUUAUACGAUCCAAGCUACAUCGCUUAUGAAAUAAUUCUUUCAUUUACCAUGGGGUUAGUAAAAGAUUGCUUUGUGAAUUGUUUUUUUUUUGUUUGUUUUUUUACAUUUAUGUAGCUUCUGAUUAAAAGAAAUACACAAAGAAUUAAUUUCUUCUUUGCGGUGGAACAAUUUGUCUCCAGCUUUUCGCAUCUUUCUUGUCGUUUAUCUGAUGAUGUGCGGCCUCGGUUUUGUUCUCUGAAUAAGAGCGAAGUAAAUUUGUAAUUUCUAUAACAGUCAUCACCUCAUUGUAUUGAUGAAAAUGGCAUUUCCAUGUUGCAGUUUCCGUUAUGUGAAGUCUACUGCUCCGUUUUCUCGUCUAUUACUGAUCAACAGCUCUAAAUUUGCUAAUUGUUUCGGGCCUUAAUAGAUCUGUUUGGUCGUGUAAAAGCAACAACUAUUUAUACCCCUGUGGAGGGCCUCUUUGAAAUAUGUUACAUGUACAUUUUUUUGUGGUGUCUUAAAAAUGUGAAAUGUAUCCAUAUUAUUUAUAAAUGCCUUUAUUCUGUUGUACAUUGUUAAUACCUUCAUAAAAUGUGCUUUUAUGGCUUCUUUUUUUUGGUCAAAAAUAUACUUUUCAUGUCAUUCAGACAUUACAAGUGUCUUGUUUGUUUUUGGGACAAAAACACUUACAGUGAAAAUCAUUUAUUUUGAAAGCAUUUAUUGUUAUCCUGUGACACAUUACAUAUAAUUAAUAACACAUGACAACUAAAGCAUUUGAAUGUAAAACU